AUGAAACCUCAUAUUUGUACAGUAUGUAAUAAAACAUUUGCUCACGUUGGAAAUCUACGGCAGCACAGGUUGACUCAUACUGGAGAAAAGCCUCAUAUCUGUCCAAUUUGUAAAAAAGCUUUCACGCACAUAAGUAAUCUUAGGCAGCAUGUUUUAAUUCACAGUGGAGAGAAACCUCAUGUAUGCAGUGAUUGUGGCAAAGGAUUUACACAUGUGAGUAAUUUACGACAGCAUAUACUUACACAUACUGGCGAACGUCCUCAUGCUUGUCAUGAGUGUGGGAAAAGUUUUACUCAUUUAAGCAACUUACGACAACACAGUCUUACUCACUCUGGACAAAGACCACAUGUAUGUGACUUUUGUAGUAAAAGAUUUACUCAUAUAAGUAAUCUAAGGCAACAUAUUCUCUCUCAUCGCAGUGAUAAAACACAUCAGUGUAUGAUGUGUAAAGAUCUAUUUCCAUCUCUUACUGAUUUACAGAAACAUUAUACUCUUCAUAUGACAAGAAAAACUGAAUCUGUAAUUGAUACAGUUAACAGUAUAAGUAACACUGCUAAUAUAAUUCAUUUGUGA